AUGCUUCAACUGGACUGUAUAAGUGUUCUGAUAGUAGUAUUCUCAAUAUACCUCAGCUUGCUGGGAUUCCAGAUUACUAUGUUGUACGUAAACUGCGUUUGUGUAUUAAAAGCCUGUUUCAAGAGAAUUAAUGACAAUUUGGCACAUGUACCAAACGUUAUGAAAAACGAUGUAAAGCAACCUGCUCCUAGCUUCAUUUGUCUCGUGCAAAGAAAUCAAUUUUUGUUGAUUGAACUCAAAACCUUAAAAAAGCAACAUCUAAUGGUUAGCGACACAGUACAAAUGCUAAAUAUAAUCUUCAGUCCGCAACUCCUGGCUACUGUAACCGUAACCAUUAUUAUUAUCACUUUUGGAUUGUAUUUCCACAUAGUUCGAUGGCAAGAUGGAGUGUUCUUUAGUUUGAAUAAAGAGCUGCUUGAUGUGUUUUUAGUGAGUAUGGCAUCUAACAUUUUUAAAAUAACACUAGUUGUAUGGGCCUGCGAGACUGGUAAGAAUCAGGCCCAAGAAAUCGUUAUCACUAUUCACGAUCUACUUAACAGCACCAAUGACGAGCAAAUAAAAAACGAGUUGCAUUUAUUUUCGUUACAAACACUACAUUGUAAAAAUACAUUUUCGACGAAAGGUCUCACUGUCGAUGCAACGCUUCUUACAGUAAUAGUGGGUAAUAUUACUACGUAUCUAUUAAUAUUGAUACAAUUCUUAAAUAUGUCGCAUUCUUGUGACGGAAAUACAACAACUAGUGCCUGUUUCAAAAGUAUUAAUGACAAUUUGGCGUAUAUGCAAAUUCUCAUGACAAACGAUACACAACCUCGCGGUUCCAGAUCAAUUUGCCAUAUGUCGAGAAAUCAAUUUUUGCUAACCGAAUUGAAGAUCCUGAUGAAAUGGCACCUGAUGGUUAGCAACACUGUAAAAACGCUGAAUAUAAUCUUCAGUUUGCAAAUCCUUGCUAUUAUAAUUAUGUCCAUUUGUAACGUCACUUUUCAAGUGUAUUUCCGUGUAGUAAGAUGGAAAGAUGGAAUAUAUAUUAACUUUGAUAUAUACUUCGUCGACGCCCUUUUAACGGCAAUAGGAUAUUACGUUAUAAAUAUAAUAUUACUUAUGUGGGCCUGCGAGACUGGCAAGAAUCAAGCUCAAGAGAUCAGCACCACCGUUCACGACGCACUCAACAGUACCAAUAAUGAGCAGAUUAAGAAAGAGUUGCAACUAUUUUCUUUACAAAUACUGCAUCACGAAAAUAUAUUUUCGGCAAAGAGCCUCAAUGUAGACGCAAAGCUUCUCGCAGCAGCGUGUUUUAAAAGAAUUAAUGACAAUCUGACAAACAUGAAAAGUGUCAUAGAAAAUAAUGAGUCACAUAUCUCUAGAUUGAACUAUCAUGACCAGAGAAAUCAGUUUCUGAUCAUGGAGCUCAAAGCUCUGAAGAAGGAACAUCUCGCAAUCAGUGAUACAGUACAGAUGCUAAACAUGACUUUCAGUUUGCAUCUUCUUGCUACAGUUCUCUUGGUCUUCUCCACUGUCACCGUUACUUUGUAUUACUACAUACUGUUCUGCCUGUAUCUUUUGACUAUUGAUGUGCCAAGAAGUGUAUUGCAUCACACAAGCUUUGUUAUAUACCUGUUAUAUAGUACUAUAAAAAUCACAUUGAUAGUAUGGGCCUGCGAGACGGGCAAAAAUCAGACUCAGCAAAUGAGCGUGUCCAUUCACGAUGUGUUUAACAUCACCACUAAUGAGCAAAUCAAAUAUGAGUUACAACUAUUUUCUUUGCAAAUACUUCAUUGCAAUAACACAUUUGGUGCAAAAGGUCUCACUGUGGAUGCAAAACUUUUCGCUGAGAUAGUGGGUUGCAUUGCCACAUAUAUAAUAAUAAUGUUUCAAUUCAAGUUUUUCUCUUGCGAGAAAGAGAUGGCAAACAAUAUUACGGAAGUAAUCUAAUAAGACACAUAAUUAAACAAACAAACGUAUUAAAAAUACUUGAUUAUUGUUGCGACGAAUAGAUGGACUACUAAGGUAUCUCGUCGAGCUAAGCUGUUGAUUCUUGCGUUGCUAAGCGUCACGCGUCUUUUUGGAUGUCAUGCUGCGAUCAGCGUUUCAACGUGUGGAUCG